AUGAGCAAGUCUGGUAAAGGUGGCCUAAAUUCCCUUCUGAGCUACAGAUUUGUUAAAAAGCCUAAACCAAAAUUGCAACAUGAAGGUUCAACAAGUAGCCAGGACAGUGACGAGACCAAGUGUCCUUCAGAUGACAACACAAAUCAGUCAUCGGAUCCAAAUUUGACGAAUUCUAUUCCAAACGGAAAAUCAGAAGAUCUGAAGAAAAAAAAUUCAAAUUCUGUCAGUUCAAAUGAAUUAAAAGAUACAGAAAGUUUGGAUGGUACACAAAAAUAUUGGGAUGAGGCAGAUGGGCCAGACACUGUUAUAUCUGUGUCUGUUAUUGACAGUCGACAGGAGGAUAUAGAACCCACUACAGUCCCAGAGACUCCUGCUUCCCCUCUGUCGCAGGCUAGUUCCCCAGAGUCACCUUUGUUUAGAGCGAAGCCCAAGAAUAUACGCAGUAGAGCACUUGAGGAAGAGCCAUCAGAGGCUAGUGGCUCAUCACCUUGGAUGUCUAAAGAACAGGGCAGACUCACCAAUGGUUGUGGAUUGAAGGCUAAAGGUCGAGUACUGUCUGACUCAAGUGAUGAAGAAACAGAGGAGGAAGACAAAGGUAUGUCUGCUGAGGACGAAGUAACAUUAAACAAUCUGAAAGAGGUCUUUCCCAGUCAGCCACUUCAUGUUGUACGACAGGCUUUCCUUGAUGCAGAGAAGAUCUAUGAGUUAGCUGUGGAACGUCUUGUUGAUACAGGGAAACAUAAUUUCAAGAAGAAGAAACGAGUGAUGCGAAUGAACAGUAGCGACUCUGAGAUUUCACAAGAACCACCAUCGAAACGAGCACGUUCUGUUAUAUCAAGUGAUGACCAGGAGGAGGAUGUGGACAGCCAAGCUACCAUCAUGAAUAACUCUCAGAGUCAAGAUGGAGUCAUUGGGUACACCACUCAAGAGGAGAGAAUUAAGUUCCUAUCAGAAUCAUUCCCAACAAGGUCACGCAGAUCGAUAUACAGAGCCUUGGAAACUAAAAAUUGGUUAGUGGAUGAAGCUGCUGAAAUGUUGGAUCUUAAGAAAAAAGAAAAUGGCAGAGAUGAUGAUAUGGACUUAUCUGAUGAGGAUGAGGAUUUCCAAAGUGGAGAUGAGGCUGAAGACAGUGAGAACAGUUUAGAUGAUGGUGCUGAUGAACAUCAAACAGAAAAGGAGAUGAUCCUGGCGUUUUUCCAGGAUGCCAAUCAAGAUGAACUAGCUGGGACUCCAGGUUGUUCUAAGAAGAAGGCUGAGAUUCUACUUAAAGAAAGACCAUUUAAAUCAUUUGAAGACUUGCACAACAAGUGUGCCACUGUGAAAGGAUUAACAACAGAUUUGAUAGGUGGUUGCCGGGAAAUCAUUCGUGUGCGCGAUGUCAUCAUCCGUUUAAUGCAAAAGUGUGAGAAGAUUUCGAUGGAGAUGGAGAGAGUGGUGACAUACCUUACACAACAAGACAGCAUUGAUGAGUCUGACAACAGGAUCCAUAUCACCAAACAGCCUGCUCUACUGAACAGCGAAUUCCAACUGAAACCUUUCCAGAUGGUUGGACUGAAUUGGCUGAGAAUCAUGCACUCUAAAGAGAUAAAUGGCAUUCUGGCUGAUGAGAUGGGCCUUGGCAAGACAAUACAGACAAUAUCAUUCAUUGCCCACCUUCUGGAGGAAGGAGAAGAAGGACCCCAUGUUAUCAUCGUCCCCUCCUCUACCAUUGAUAACUGGCUACGGGAGUUCUCUGUGUGGUGUCCAGCUGUCAAAGUGUUGGUAUACUAUGGCUCUCAGGAGGACCGGCGAGUCACACGAAGGAGCAUUCUGUACGAGGACUUUGAGGAUUUUCACGUCAUUCUUACCACCUACAAUAUGGCGACAGGCAGUGUAGAAGACCGGUCGUUGUUUAAGAAGUUUGAAUUUCACUAUUCCAUUUUUGAUGAAGGCCACAUGCUUAAAAACAUGUCAUCACUACGAUACCAAAACCUGAUGAAGAUACAGUCUGAGCGUCGCCUGUUGUUGACUGGGACACCCUUACAGAAUAACUUACUGGAACUGAUGUCACUGCUGUGCUUUGUUAUGCCUGACAUGUUCAUUGGCAAGACUGAUCAUCUCAAGCGAAUGUUCUCCAUGAUCACGAAGUCUGUUGAUGAUAAAAGGAGCAAAUAUGAAGCUGAGAGAAUAGCCCAUGCAAAGCAGAUAAUGAAGCCGUUUAUACUUCGACGACUCAAAUCUGAGGUACAGAAACAGUUACCUAAGAAGUCUGAACGUGUAGAGCUCUGUGAAAUGAUUCCAGAACAAGCAGAAAAUUACCACAACCUUGUGAACAAGUUUCAACAAGAGCUGCGGGAGUCAUCAGUUGGACCUGGGGAAACCAAAGGAGGGGCAUCCAUGUUGAUGCAGUUACGAAAGGCAGCUAACCAUCCACUGUUACAACGGAGACAUUAUACAGACAAACUCCUUAAAGAAAUGUCCAAACACAUAGCAAAGGAACCAUCUCACAGGGAAAGACAAGCCAAUCCGAAGCUCAUUUUUGAGGAUAUGUGUGUAAUGCACGAUUUUGAGAUUCACAAACUAUGUAAAUUUUAUGAAAAACAUAUUGGUAAAUACAGCAUGCCACCAUCAGCUAUUCAGGAUUCAGCCAAGUUUCGAGUUUUGGAUGAUUUACUUGUGAAGCUGAAGUCUCAGGAUGACCGUGUUCUGAUAUUCAGCCAAUUCACUAUGAUGAUGGACAUCAUGGAGGAUUAUCUCAAGCAGAAAAAAUAUAAGUACAUGCGACUAGACGGGUCAACCCCAGUACCAGACAGACUACAGAUGAUUGAUGAAUAUACAAACAACCCAGAUAUAUUUAUCUUCCUGUUGUCUACAAAAGCUGGAGGUCUGGGAAUCAACCUAACGGCAGCCAAUGUUGUUAUCAUACACGACAUAGAUUUCAAUCCAUACAAUGACAAACAAGCAGAGGAUCGUUGCCACAGGGUGGGACAGAAAAGGGAGGUGUCCAUAGUGAGGCUCAUCACAAAGGAUACUGUAGAGGAAGGAAUGCUGAGAUGUGCUCAAGAGAAACUUAAGUUGGAGAAGGAUAUCACAACGAAUGAAGGGUCGGACAAUGAGACUGGUGCAGAUGUGGCAUCAUUACUGAAGGAAGCCCUAGGUCGGGGAAAGGUUUGAUGACAGUUGUCUAUAGGCAGUAGAUAAUUGUAGUAUUGUUGGACAUGCAAGUGACACAUGGUCAAGGAAUGUGGAUGUUUGGUAGUGCUGUUGUGUAUACCACUUACUUCAAAUCAACUGCAGUGAAUGUUUUGAAGUGUACAACCUGUGCAAUGAGUACAUAUGUGCAUUCAACCUAACUUAGGUACCUAUUUCAGUGUAAGGUGUUUCCAGUUAUUAGGCAAUGAACACCAUCAGUGUUGUAAUACAAGGUGCAUGUAGUUGACAUUGUCUAGGAAGUGUAAGAUCUCGCGAUUAAAACCUGGUGCAUACACUUACACAGUGCUAGUUUGCUAGUUUGGACCAGUGCCAACAUCCUUAGAGAACAGAUUCAUCUUUGUGUCCUUACUCAGGGAAGAUAAACUUUCUAAUUGAGUCUGAUGAAUGAUCUUAAAUUAAUGAAUGAUCUUAAACGGAGGCUGAUGGAUGAUCUGAGAAUGAGACGAAAGGAUGAUUAGAGACCAAGGCUGAUAGAUAUCAGGGACCAAGACUGAUGGAUGACUUCAGACCAAGACUGAUGGAGGGUUUGAGACCAUGGUUAAUUAAUUAUUUUAGACUGAGGCUGAUAAAGAUCUGGGACCGAGACUGAUGGAUGACUUCAGACCAAGACUGAUGGAGGGUUUGAGACCGUGGUUAAUGAAUUAUUUUAGACUGAGGCUGAUAAAGAUCUGGGACCGAGACUGAUGAAUGACUCCAGACCGAGGCUGAUGUAGGGUUUGAAAGCGUGGUUAAUUAAUUAUUUUAGACUGAGGCUGAUAAAGAUCUGGGACCGAGACUGAUGAAUGACUCCAGACCGAGGCUGAUGUAGGGUUUGAGACCAUGGUUAAUGAAUUAUUUUAGACUGAGGCUGAUUAAUGUUAGCAAAACUGAGGCUGAUGGAUGAUCUGAAAUCUGGGCAGACAGAUGCCAAUGUGGGAUUCAAGACAAAAGCUGAUGACGGAUGCUGAUGAAGGAUUCCUUUCCAAGGAUGAUGAAUAAUCUUAGGAUUAAUUUGCUGAGCAGUUUGAAUGUUAUGAACAACAUGAAAUCUAGAUGGCUGAGGAAUGAUACUAGACUGAGUCUGAUGAGAGAAUGGAAACAAAGGAUGAUUCAAUAUCUUAAAGAGUCUGAUUAUAAUGCCAAAGGAAAUAACAUGUCUCUAUGAUAAAGAAUUGGAUACCAUUUUAUGUGAUUGGAUGUGUUAAGAGCUUUCGCCAUCAGGAAAUUUUUCUCCGGCUCAGGGUUCUUCAUGUAUGUGAUCUGGACUGUAGUGAAAGGUCAGCUAAGGUCAGCAAAGCCUUUCAAAUGUA